AAGACAAAGCCCACAGACGGUAACAAAAAGUGCCUGAAAUGUCCUAAUGCUGGACUAGUGACAAGUAGUCGAUAAUUUAGCUGCUUUGAUACGCGAAGUAGCACACCACUUCGUACUGUCGCCGGUUUCCUUGCUCACGAUCUUUUAACGCGGAACAUGUUUAGUAAUAUGGUGGAUAGUGCAAACAUCAGCGUUUCGGAAAUGUUGCUCAGAUUAACAUAGUGCAAAAAACUAAUGAACGUGCUUACGGAUCGAUGCAAAUCACUGACGUCAUGUUCGAUGAGUAAUAACGUCAGUGCGAACAAAAGGUGUUAGUUCUACAUCUCGGCACUAAUAUACUCGUACGUCUGAUCAACGCGAUUUGUUCAGGCUGUUCGUCGACUUUCUGCUAGAGCUAACUCUAAGCAAUGAGUUUGUACACCACGAAUCAGCAUUCAGUGUGUUGAAAGUUACUAGCUGUGACGGAAAACGCAAAUUAUAAAUCAGUAAGGCGUUCAUCUAGUGAUUCGGUACAAUUAGCGCUGAUAAAUAAAUCCAUAGGCUAAAUAUUCGCCACGCAAUUGCUGAGUAUUUGUGUUUACAUGCAUCUAAAUCAACAAAAAGAGGAAAUGCUGAUAAGGGAGUACGGUCUUUGGUGACAUCUAGUUCGUAAAAAUCGAAUGUCACAGCCGAAGGAUAAGUCGGUUAGGGGAUAACUACGGCUACGUAUGCUCCGCAUAUGCCUUCCAAGGCUACACAGCAAAAGAGCUUUGUUUUUUAACGAUCAUACACGCAGAAACUGUCUGAAUUGUUUGAUCUCGGCAUGUUGUUUGAGAAGCUGGGCUUGGCUUUUCUGGCCGGCUGGCUCCUCAACCACCAGAACGCUAGCAUACAUCCUCAACAAUUACGUUAUGCCGUAGGAAAGAAAAUGCUUUUACCCCGAGCAAUUUUUCCACAGAUACUUCCGCCCAAAGAAAUGUCGGAAAAUAUAGAUUUGGACGUUACGAAUCUCCUAUGGCCUCCUAAAUUAACCUGUGGAUGUUUUCCUUCAGCACUUCCCAAAAUCUACGACAGAGCUACACAGACACAACAAGUGGAAGCUGAUGAAAAGGAGCCGAUCGGCUCAAGUUCUCCAUUCUUGCCGCCACCGUUACCGUUUGUUAAUGAUCGAAAAGAAGAGUAUACGGAGGUUGCAAGCACCGAAAUGCAAGAACGGGUUAACAGCAACUACGAAUCGCCGUCAAAUCUAGCUGACGAACUUCAAGAAAUUGAGCAGUUGAAUCAAGAGACGUUUCAUAGUAAGGACGCUAAACAAGCUCAACCGCAAGUCAAGUCACCCUGGGAACCUCUAGCACAGCGAGACAGAAGCCAAUAUCGGCUAAAGAAGAAAAAACAAAGAAAAGAGCCGCCCAAAGAUAGAACGUUAGUCUUGACAGCUCCCAAUAGCUUUUCAAGUCUCAAACCUGAAGAUACAUCUCCGUCCUAUGUUCAAGUAGACGAUCCUGUAGACGUUGGUGCUUCAACGCUGAUUUAUGGGUAUAUGUUGCCACAGCUACCAUACGCCCGUCAAUACCAAUAUCACCAUGAAGACCAACGGCAGCAGCCUCUACCGGAAUAUUCGAUUGUUGAACCAGUAAACGCCGAGGCCCUAGCUGAUCCCGCCACUCUAGGAGCAAUGGUCAUGUCAUCCGAUGUUUACCUCGAUCGUUACAAAUUUCCGCCAUUAGUUCAACCAGUUCCCGAGGAGGAAAAUAAUUAUUUUCGGAAGCGAACGAGCCAAUCAAAUUCAAACGGGAUAAUCGCGGGACACAUCCAGGACAAUGUUAGUCACAGGAAGGCGUUCAAUUUGAAACUUUUUCACCUUCCACUCAUAUCGAUAGACCUCGACAGCAAAGUAUACAAGGAUGAAAGCCUCGUUGCCGACAUAGGUAAACGAAAUGGAUGAUAGAUGUCAUUACCUUACCGAAAACUACGGCAUCUAAGAAACACUACAUACGGCAAAUACGAGGCCUUGCAUCUCAUCGCGACGGCUCCCCGCGGUGGUAAGCUAAAUAAUUAAAUACACCUGACAAAGGACGUUACCCGUUUUCUGGACUCUAUCCCGCGCCUGCUCUACACUAUCGUGACAAAUAUCUAAAAGUUAGGCCCGAUAUCUGAGAACGCUCGUUAAACAUUGGUCCCUUCUGAAAGAGUGUUUGGCAAGGUGAUUGAGCUGUCGUUCUAAUUUGGAGGUUCUUUAAGUGUUCAUAUAAAGCUGCCGCGGAUACCUCAUCGUGAUGACUUGUUAUGUAAUAUAUGGUAUUUGGUUACGUGGGAUUCUGAAUAAUUGAUUAGUACCACUCUGCAUAAAAACGUACUAGAAAAUUGGUUAGUUAUAUAUAUUGUUUUCCCUUUUUAGGCAACAUUCUAAUGCUGUAUAAUGAAUGAUUAAAUACAAAUAAAUUAGGUACUGGCUAGCAGAGAAGUAAGUAAGCCAUCGAACGAUCAUGCGCAUAAAAUAAGCGGAACAGUUUCAACUGUUGUGUGAAAAGGAUGUAACGAUAAUGGAACGCUUGUACUUCUGCUCUCGAACUUUGUUUGUUCAAUCAGAUGGUAUUAUUACUCGAUGCCUAUAGGAAUGUUUUUGAAAGCCGCUCGUAGAAUAUGAACGCUGCAACCUACAAUUCAGAUCGUACAGUAAAGAAGAAAAAAGCCGCUUCACCGCUGAGGCUCAUGAGGUUCAAAUGGCAUCUGUUUCCUUCGAACCUAGCCUAGAAAAUGAGUUAUAUAGUAGUUAAUAGCAAUCGUAAUAAAAUUACAUUGGCCAAGCAUAGUGGACGACAGACGUUUCUGAUGUGCUUUCAGUCUAGGUAGCGCAAGGCAUCUCGUAAUUUUUUUCGAGGAUAGCUAAGCAGCGCGACGCGGCUUUCUAUGCAAAACGAAGUGGAGAUACGCUUACAUGAUAACCAUUCGUACGAAAUCGAUAAUGAGACCCAUAACAGCUGCCGCUGUUGAUAUAUUUAUUUUAUGGCCAGGAUUGCGCACUAACUGAAAAAUACAAUAACUCAAUCAAUUGUAUCUGGGCAUAAUCAGCCCGAACCAUUUAAUGCUUGGGAGUAUAUAGUUUCGGCAAUAUUUCUUUAUCGUCAUUUCGAAAAGUGUCACUUACGGGUGCUCUACUACGAUCAUACGAUCUAUAAUUAUACAGGAAACUAACUUGCUACUAUUAUGAUUACGUUCUCUGAUAUGACUACGUGGCUGAUUCGUGUAACCCUCCUCGACAGCAGUACUGUCCCUAAUAGGCUUCCCGUAAUGGCGACUAUGUAAACCUGGAUGAGCGAUUCUGGCCGACAAAUCUCAACUGAAGGAUUUCAUAAUACCCACUAUCGUUGAAAGACUAUCCGCAAGAUCGUCAUCAACCAGAAUGUAUAAUUCUGAAUCGUUUGAAAAAUUUUGUUGUGUGAAAAUAGUUUACACACCGGUAUUGUUAGUAGUAGGUAUGGCAGUUAAGGAGGCCGA